UCAGCAGACAAGGAGCGAGCGCGGGAGGAGACAAAGAGCUACACCACGCAAUCUCUUGCUAGCGUCGCCUACCUCAUCAACACGCUGGCAAACAACGUGCUGCAGAUGCUGGACAUCCAGGCGUCGCAGCUCCGCCGCAUGGAGAGCUCCAUCAACCACAUCUCACAGACCGUUGACAUCCACAAAGAGAAGGUGGCGAGGCGGGAGAUCGGCAUCCUGACGACCAAUAAGAACACGGCCCGCUCACAUAAGAUCGUUGCCCCGUCCAACAUAGAGAGGCCGGUGCGCUACAUCAGGAAGCCCAUCGACUACAACGUGCUGGACGACAUUGGACACGGAGUCAAGGUGGGAAUCACAAUGAAGAUGAAAAGGAUGAUUUCCAUGUGGUAG